CGGGGCCCGGACUGGGGCGAGGCGAGGGCGGGGUGGAACUGAGAGCUGAGCUGAGGCCCGGGAGGCGGGGGAGGCGGGCGCAGUGACGGCGACUGUGGGCUCGUCUGUCCUCACACACAUUCCCACUCACACACGCACGCACGCGCACACCCACACACACCCCACGCCCCCCUGGACUCCUGGCGCUCUUGGAGGCGGAGCGGGAGCCUCAGCUCGCGGGCACAGCCGUCGCCGCCGCUGCCGUGAGCAGCGGGGUCGGGUUUCUCCCUCGGCUAGGAGCGGACUAGGAGGAGGAGCCGGAGCCACCGAGGUUACACCGUCUCACUCAUGGAAAAAUGGAUUUUUCUAACCCUUGGAAAACUCAGCUCUCACAGCACUUAUACUUUACUUUAAGUCAUCUAACUUCCAUUUCAAUGUCAUAGAACUUGUUGAAGAACUGAAACUAGGUAUUUUCUUUUAAAAAAACAAACUUCAAAAUGGCUUCAUGAAUUAUUAUGACAUAGCUGUUUUAUCCAAGAGGGUUGAGACAAGCAACAGAUGAUAUGCCCAGGACUGGUGUCUUCUACAAUGUCACUUUUCAUUCAUACUCACUUGUGCACUAGCUACUGUAUCUUGGCAGCAUAUCCCACCUUCAAGUUUUGUUUUCUUUUGCAAAAAAAGGAAAACCACUGCCCAACAUUAGCAAGUUAUUACUAAAAUCUGAAUGUCAAAUAUGUAUAAAGCCUAAGUGAAGAAACUACGAUAUCUAAGUUGAACUCUAACUUGUUGUUUAUGAAUUUAGAACUCCACUAAGUGGACUUUAUGUUAUGGCAGCAGCCUACAGGCUUGUGGUUAGCACUGUGAACUACUACAACAGUGUUGUCAUAGAUCAGCGCUUUCAGCAGGCCAUACAUUAUUGCACUGGAACUUGCCAGACCUUCAAACAUGGAGUUGACUGUAUUGUGGUACAUCAUAGUGUUUGUGCAGAACUCUUGCAUAUCCCUGUCUCUGGUGUCAAAAAUGCAGCACAUGCUCCUAUGUUUCUACCUGGUGAAAAUGGUCUUUCCUUGCCUGAGAGUGAAGAAAACCAUCAAAUCCUUCCUGGUAUACCUAAGGUCAAGAAGGUAUCAGUGGUGCAAAAUACCUGCAACCUGAAAGACAUUGCAGGAGAAGCAAUCAAUUUUGCCAGUGGAAAAAUCAAAGAAUUUUCCCUUGAAAAACUUAAGAACUCUAACCAUGUGACUUACAGAAAGGGAAGAAAAGUUAAGAGUGACUCUUUUAAUAGGAGGUCAGUUGAUUUUGACCUGAUCUUUGGUCAUUAUGGCAGUGAUGGGAACUAUCCAUCCUUUGGUUUACUCCGGAGUUCCUCACUUGAAGAAAAACCUAUGCCCCAUAAUAAUUCAUUUGAAACAAACCUUGCUUCCUUAUUUCUUCAAAAUUUAUCUGAAGAGAAUCUGAUUACCCAAAUAUUGGAAAAACAUAAGUUGGAUAGCCCUUCUUCUGGAACAGACAUAAAAAUGUGCUUAGAUAUCUUGCUCAAGUGCUCUGAGGACUUGAAAAAAUGCACAGACAUCAUAAAGCAAUGUAUAAAAAAGAAAUCGGGGAGCAAUAUCAAUGAUGGAGGUGGUCAUGAUUCAUUUUCAAGCUCUGAAACUAUCUAUGUGAAUGUAAUGACCAGGUUGGCUUCCUAUCUAAAAAAAAUACCAUUUGAAUUCAUGCAUUCUGGACAUACUGAGACUACAGAUUUGACUGAAUUAAUAAGUAACUUGCCGAACUUACAGCCAGCUCCCUUCUCUCCAAUAUUUGGCACUGAACAACCCCCCAAAUAUGAGGAUGUUGUCCAAUUAGCACCAGGAACAGAGCAAUCCCAUUCAAUUGAAUUUGAAGAAAACAAGCAUGAUAGUAUUAAAACUGGAACAAUUAAAUCUAUUCAUACUAACCCCCCAAAAGAUCCUUCAAAUUCCUUACAAAGUUUAGCACUAAAUCAUCCCAGAACUACAGAAGCUAUCCAACUUAAACCAGAGACCUUAACUAUUAAUCCUCUAGAAGAUGUUUCUUCUACUGAUUUCAUGGAAACUCUUUAUAUUGAGGAAGAAUCAGAUGGGAGAAAAGUGUCUGAUAAGACAAAAAGGACUGAGAACAGUUUUAAUCAGGAAUCUUUAGAAAUGAAUAAAACUAACCCAGAAUUUACAUACCAUAAAACCAGUCAUGAAAAAUCUCCCGCCUUGGUACAAGCUGAAACUGUUGGCAACAUCUUUGAAAAGACAACUAUUGCCUUAUCUAAGGAGGAUCCUACACCCAAAGUCACUAAAAUUGAAGAGGGAGAACAUAUAGAUAUUAUGAAACCUAAUAAUCAGGAGGAGAUAGAUAAGCUAUUAUUGGAUUUGGAAUGUUUUUCACAAAAAAUGGAAAAUACACUAAGGGAACCUCUCACCAAGAGUUGUGACUUUAAUUCUUUAAAUAAUCACAAUCCUUUGGUUGGACAGAUACCUUUGGAUCUUGAGCCCAAAUCUAAUGACUCUUCACUUUCAGAAAAAUAUCCUUCUUGUUUGACAAGAAUCAUUGAAACCAAUGGGCAUAAAAUAGAGGAAGAGGAUCGUGCUCUUUUGUUGCGUAUCCUAGAAAGCAUUGAAGACUUUGCUCAAGAACUAGUGGAAUGCAAGUCAGGCAGAGGGAGCUUAUCACAAGAAAAAGAAAUGAUGCAAAUUUUGCAAGAAACUUUGACAACUUCCUCACAGACUCGAUCAUCAGUAUGUCAAAGCCAUUCAAGUGAUAAAGCCAAAGAUAGUACUGCCAUGGUUUUGAUUCAGCAGAGCCCUGAGGUAAUCAAGGUUCAGAAUAAGCAAGAAAAGAAACUUGGAACACCACUUGAACCAGUAGCAAAUGAUGGAAGCAGCCCAAGACCUCUCUCUCCUCUUGUUCAUGUGAAUAAUGUUACCAUCAAUGUACCAUUAUCCAUAAACAUUCCACGAUUCUACUUCCCUAAAGGACUUCCAGAUGCAUGUGCAAACCAUGAACAGACUAUAAACAAAAUUGAAAUGACCUUCAUGGAAGUUGAAGAUCAGAAAGCAGAUAUUCAUGAAAUGGGGAAAAUUGCAAAGGCAUGUGGCUGCCCUUUCUAUUGGAAAGCCCCCAUGUUCAGUGCCGCAGGGGGUGAAAGGACAGGAUUUGUAUCUGUACAUUCAUUCAUAGCCAUGUGGCGAAAGUUGCUGUACAACUGCCACGAUGAUGCAUCUAAGUUUAUCCAUCUUCUAGCAAAGCCCAACUGCAGUUAUCUAGAACAAGAGGAUUUUAUUCCUUUACUUCAGGAUAUAGUGGAUACACACCCUGGCCUCACGUUCCUUAAGGAUGCUCCAGAAUUCCAUUCCCGCUACAUCACUACGGUUAUUCAGAGAAUAUUCUAUACAGUCAACAGAUCCUGGACUGGCAAAAUCACUUUGACUGAGCUAAGGAAAAGCAACUUUUUGCAAACAUUAGCCCUUUUGGAAGAAGAGGAAGACAUAAACCAAAUCACAGAUUACUUCUCCUAUGAACAUUUCUAUGUCAUUUACUGUAAAUUCUGGGAACUAGACAGUGACCAUGACCUCUACAUCAACCAAACUGAUCUAUCUAGAUAUAAUGACCAGGCAUCAUCAAGUAGGAUCAUUGAAAGAAUAUUUUCUGGAGCAGUAACUAGGGGGAAUGUAGUACAAAAAGAGGGAAGAAUGAGCUAUGCAGAUUUUGUAUGGUUUCUGAUCUCUGAAGAAGACAAAAGAAAUCUGACAAGCAUUGAAUAUUGGUUCCGCUGUAUGGAUUUGGAUGGGGAUGGUGUACUCUCCAUGUAUGAAUUGGAAUAUUUCUAUGAGGAACAGUGUGAAAGAAUGGAAGCCAUGGGCAUUGAACCAUUGCCAUUCCAUGACUUGCUCUGCCAGAUGCUUGACCUGGUGAAGCCUGAACUUGAUGGCAAAAUAACUCUCAGAGACCUGAAGAGGUGCAGAAUGGCUCACAUUUUUUAUGACACCUUCUUUAAUCUGGAGAAGUACUUGGACCAUGAACAGAGGGAUCCCUUUGCAGUGCAAAAGGAUGUGGAGAAUGAUAGCCCUGAACCUUCUGAUUGGGACAGAUAUGCUGCUGAGGAGUAUGAAAUUCUUGUUGCAGAGGAAUCUGCUAAUGAGCAGUUACAAGAAAGCUCCUUUGAAGAAUAUGAAGCAGACGAACCUGUACCUUCCUCUGAAAUUGGAAACAAAGGGGACAAAACAGUCAUCUCAAGCCUUUCGGAGAAAUGUGGAAAGCUUCACUCAGUAGACGAAGAGUAGCUGCCAAUAUCAGUGAAGCUGGGACACAUUCUAUAAGUUUAUUUCCUCAUGGAAAGAUAUUGUGUAUACUGCCACUUAAAAUCUUUCGUGUCUGUAAAAUGUACAAUUGCACUGGAUUAACUUAAAAUGGUUUUUGUGCAAUAGUCAAAAUGCACAUUCUAACUUGGGGCUUUUCCAGUUUCCUUCACAACUAUCAAUUUUCCUUAAUGCAAUACAUGGAAACCGAAUAGAAUUCUUACAUCAUCACUAAAAAAGAUGUCAGUUGCAUGCCCUUUAAUAUAGUAGGGACUAUUCUGCACCUAAACAAGUGCUCAAAAACAUGAGGCAACAUCUAGCAUUUCACCAUGUCCCUAUAUGGGUUCACUCACAAAAAAAAAAAAAAAUCUAGUCCAACUAAGGCAUGGAAAUUAAACCCCAGGAUUGUGUGAAAUGACUCAAAUCUACUUGGCCCCUGAGUGUGUGUUCAGAUAUUUCAAAAAGAUUUCUUUUGGUUAUACAUAUAUGUGUGUGUGUGGACUAGAGUAAAGAUCAGCUUACUCAAUUGUUGUAGUUUUAUAAUAAGCCAAAUGAAUAAAAUUACUUCAUCCUCAGGUGUUAUGAACUACUAGAAAUUACAACUCUCCUUUCAAGCUAGGUAAAUUUCUUUCCCUAAGGCCAUUCAUUAACUGAAAUUAAGUGAAAUCUCAUAGUACCUAUAAUUUCCAAACACAAGUACAGGAGUCUGACUCCUUGAGAGCAAUCUCAAUAUAUGAACCUACAAACACAAUUAUGUCUGUUGAGAAAAAAUGGGAAUUGUUGAAUUCACUUAACAGAAACUUUGUUACCCAAAAUCUCCUUAACCACCAUUGGGAGGGGGGGGGACACUACUUGGAAAAAAUCAGGAAAUUGAAUCCUUUCAACAUGAAUCCAUUUUAACCCCAACCCACUUUGUCAAAUCUCUGAAUUGGACUUUAUUUAACAGGAAAAUAUAAACUGUCAUAAAGAAAAGCAAACUUGUACUUGCCCCCAAUGGAGGCAAAGAAAUUCUCCAUGACACCAAAUUCAGUUUUACCUUGAAAGUAACCAAAAAAUGGACAGCAUACAUAUAAAGAAUGAUGAAAACGUGGAAUAUGUAGAAAGCCACAGAUAAAUUGUAAGAUACCUUCUGCAAAAGUAUCUUUUGUCCUAAAAUUUUUGCUGAAACUGCUAGUGAUAACCAAACUUGGUUUGUUUCCCCCACUUUCACUAUCCCUCCCUUAGGGAAGUGUCAAAUGAACAAUGAAAUAAUAAGCAUGGGCAAACAGAAAAGAUGACAAGGAAAAUUCAGAAAAUGUUAUCUGUCAUUGAGCCUUUGAAUAUAAUCAGCAGAGUUCCUGAGGAUACUUACUUCAAAAGUGAGGAUUCCAGUUCCUUUCCUUUAGUUGCUUUACCCUUCAUGACUAGAAAGACUUUUCAUUUCAGUUCAAAAGAGAAAUCACAUUAACAAAGUCUUACUUCCAAGUCAGAAGCAACUCAAGAAUAGAACUAACAGUGUUAGAAAACACAAACCUGUGGCAACCUGAACACUAGAUUAAGGUUCUUUUCCCAAUAGUUGCAUUUACCUAAAUUUCUCAAGUUUUUCCAGAAGCAGCAACUGUUUUUGAUCUUGCAUGGUAUGAUAAAGGGCAAUACUGAUUUUUUCUAGGAAUUAAAAUGAAUGUAGUAUAUAGCUGAUCUGACAUUCAUAAUGGCCUGUACUGUUUCAUUUAGUCUCAGGAAAGAACAAAAAUUUAAAACUCAGUUCUGUAUUUUAAAAUAAUACAGGCUGGGUUUAUUUUUUGCCUUUGUUUGCCCUAUUUUGUUUGACUUUGCUUCUCCACUAAAUUCCCCAUGCUCUUAAUAUAUAAUUUGUGGGUAAUUCUGCAAGUAAAUACACAACCACCAAUGCCAUCAAAAAGUGACAAAAAACAAUUUUAAAAUUAAAUUUUGAGGUAUAAAAUUUAUAAAGCACUCGGGCAUAUUUUUUACAUCUAUGAACUCAUUUAACAUAAAAAAAAAGAAAUGUAUAUAACUGGGAUAGCUGUUUUGACUACCUGCUACAGAAUUGUGCUGAUUAAUUUCGAUUACCCUCCAGAACUAGCAACAGCACAUCACAAUUACCCAAUAAAUCUUAAUGGAUGAUUCUUUCCAUGUUAUUUAUUAUGGUCUUAAAACUAUGCAACACAAAAUAGACUUCAGUAACAUAGCACUAACUGCUAUGCAACAAAUAAAUACAAUUUUAUGGCUUUUUUCCAUGUAUCUUAUCCCAUUUCAUUGUAUAAUAUUUGAAUAGUGUUUACAGUGGCGCUUAUAAGAUAUAAUCAAUUAAAUUGAGUGACUUGUGCAGACCUGGAUAAUUGGUGGGGGGGGGGGGGAUGGAUGGGAGGGGCGCAUGGUUUUAUUUUUGAUUCACUUUGUUUUUCCCCUUUUUGAAAACCAAAUAAAGGAAUAUUCAAAGAUGAA